AUGAAAUGUAAACAGUUGUACCAGGAGGAGAACAAUAACGAGAUUGAUGAGCUCACAAAAGAUUUCUCAGAGAUGGGUUGCAUAGUUGAUGCUAUGAAAAGACCUCCUAACAUUUGUGUUGAAACAUGUGUUUAUGAAGAAUCUGAUUCAGGUAAUGAUAAAUCACACUCAGAUAACAAUGAAAAUGAAGAUGCUGCCUACUCUGAUGAGUUCGAAGAUGAUAAAAGUGACAUAGAAGUGAAAGAGGAGGAAAUUAAACAGCAGAGUAAGUCUGCAAAUAGUGUUAACAUAAUUUCAUCUCAGCCCAUUGUAAAGUUGUCAAAGAGUUUAUCAAAUAGUUGUAAUAUUAAACAACCAUCAUUAUCAGGCAGAUCUACAAAUUAUGGUUCUGUGUCAGUACCACCAACCCGGCGUAUCAACAUGUCGUUCACAAAUGAGAGAAUGCGAGAGAUUGAGAGGCACAACCAUAUACUGCUUAAUAAAAUACUAAGCGCACGCAACAAUAAAAAGUCAUCAAUAUCAGCACGGGAACAGUCUAUCAGGAAACCUGUUCCACCUGCAGCCGCUGUGCAUAGGAAGCGUCAGCAGAGGCAGAUUGAUCAUGAUAAUAUGAUCCUCCUGAAGAAAAUCCAACGCGUAAAGUCGUCGGUGUGCAGUUUGCGUCGUUGA